AUGGGCGAUAGCAGCAUUGUCCACAAGCCUGUUGGCGACAUGGCCUUGUAUAACUUGGAGAGAGCUAACCGACGUCUGGAUGCGCUGGAAGGUAAACCCACAUGGGACCUCGACGACACGGCGGAUUUCGAUUGCAUGCACUACUUAGGCAAUGCUGCCUUGGAGAAUGCAGGCCAGACGUUAGGUAUGCAACAGGGACAAACCGUUGUCGACAUCGGCGCCGGCUUCAGUGCCACUGGCCGCUAUUUGCACAAACAUUACGGCGUUGAUGUCACGGGCAUUGAGCUGCAGCCCGAGAUUCACCAACUUGCCGAAACUAUCACACAAAAAAAUGGUCUCUCUGAUAGUGUACACUCCGUCAACGCCGACUUUACAAAGCUAACUCUGGAUACUCCUGUCGACUACAUUGUCUCAUUCCUGUGCAUUCUGCACAUCCCAGAUAGGGAUACCUUGUUCCAAAAAGCAGCCAGCACGCUCAAGUCGGGAGGGAAAAUCUACAUUGAGGACUUCUUUGCUCAGACAACAUUCAGUAAAGAUGCGGGAGAUCAAUUACGCGACGUGCUAUCUUGCCCUUACCUGCCGAGCCGGGACCAGUAUAUAAGCGAUCUGACAAAUGCUGGCUUCCAUGACGUUCAAUUUGAGGACGUAUCAGAGCAGUGGACCGAAUUUGUCCACGAACGGGCAGUCAAUAACCGCCAAAAAGGGACAGCUGAUGCGCCCCUUACUCUAUUCUACGAUACUGUUGAUGCGUUGUUCUCCAGCCGCCAGUUGGGUGGUGCGCGCAUCACCGCCACCAAAGCAUAA